GUUGUGCAGAUUCGGUUACUAUCCUACUAUUACUUUCGGUUACUGUUCCAGUUCAGUUCCAUGAAUAUGUACUUUCGAGAGCCAUCCGAUAAUGGCAAAGAAACAAUUAAAGCAUUCUACAGUAAUAACCAAUUACCUACGUUCGUUUGAUCUGCAACCACCAUUUACGAACGCGUGAAUAAUGGUUGCAUCAGUUAUUCUCUUUGUACAUAAUCAUUUACUCUUUUGUGCAAACCAAUCGCACAAGUACCCCAGACUCGAACCAGAAUGGACGACCGCCUCAUAAUGACUCUCAAAGAAAAUCCGCAGGAAAAUUUCGAGCGCAUCCUUUACUGGCAGCAUUUGGUGCUCAAGCUGAUCGGCGUGGAUGGUUUUGGAGCGGACUUUCGACGUUCGGCUAUCACCUAUUUCUUCGUUUUUCUCGCAGGCUUGUUUUUUGUGAUAUCUGUGAUUGAUUUGGUGCUCUUUCGGCAGGAUAUUUUCAACUUUACAUUCGUUAUGGUGACCAUUUUCUACGCGUUGGUUGGUUUUGGACGAUUGAGUAUACUAGUGAGACGUGCCGCUGCCGCGGCUCCGUUAGUCCAACACAUGAAAACCGUAUAUCGAGAUGCUUCACGAGAUCCAAAGGAGACUUUGAUUCUUCAAACGUACACGAACUAUCUGGAAAAGAGUGUUAUAUUCUACUCCGUAAUAUUCAUGGGGGGCGUUGUCUUGACGGGUUUCCUUCCACUGGCAGUUUACUUGUGGACUGGAAAUAAGAUAUUACCAUUUGGUGUCGUGAUACCUUUCGUAGACCCCGAGACACCCGAUGGCUAUCAGAUGAACUACAUGUACCAGGUUAGCUUCAUGCUUUGGACACCACCCGGAUUGAUAGCUUCGCAGAGUUUCUACUUUGCUUUGUCGUUCAACAUAUGCAUUCAGUUUGACGUCCUGGUGGUAAAACUGCAGGGCGUUGAUAACCUCAUCGCCAACAAUGUGAACGGCAGUUUGGAUGGCGAAAUUCGCACGAAUCUAAUCACGGUGAUAAAGUAUCAACAACGUUUGGUACAGUUCAUAUCCGAUCUUGAAGAUCUGUAUGCAUUUCAAACCUUCUUGGAAGUGGCUUGCAAUGCUCUGCAAAUUGUGAUGACGUUGUUUGUACUACACAUUGAAUUUUGGUUUCCCGGAUGGUUGGUAAUAACGGUCAGCACGUUUCAGCUUUUCCUACCCUGCAUGUUGGGAACAAUGAUCGAGAUCAAGUGUGACCUCUUUAUCGAGCAGGUGUAUGACAUUUCGUGGCAUGCGAUGUCAAAUGUUGAGCAGAAAAUGCUGAAUUUUAUGCUGACCAAAUCACAACGGACGCAGAAACUCUCUUGUGUCGGGAUGGUACCGCUUAAUAUGAAUCUUUUUCUGGCGGUGUACAAGAAAAUCUAUUCGAUUUUCAUGAUGCUACAAAACUUAUAAGCAUACUGUUAUGCAUCUGUUAUUAUAUCUGUGUUAUUGAUGUUCGUAGGCAAAUUACUUAACUGGUCAAUGUAAUCAAAGAAAAAUAUAAAAUGUGCAGGAGUGUCUAUUAUG